AUGGAGCCCAAUAGUCCCAAAAAGAUACAAUUUGCUGUGCCUUUAUUCCAGAGUCAGAUUGCACCAGAGGCAGCAGAGCAGGUAAGUGGACUUUGUUGUUUACAGAUCAGGAAAAGAAGACCCACUCCAGCAUCACUGGUGAUUCUCAAUGAGCAUAACCCCCCAGAAAUAGAUGACAAGAGAGCGACUAACACUCAAGGAGAAUCACAGAAUGCAUCCCCUAAACAAAGGAAGCAGAGCGUGUACACACCACCUGCCAUGAAAGGAGUUAAACAUCUGAAAGGUCAGAAUGAAUCAGCAUUCCCCGAAGAAGAAGAAGGUGUAAAUGAAAGAGAAGAACAGUGGGACCAUUAA